AUGGAGACGGUCUAUCGCAUUCUUCUAGAUGUCAUAUCUGCAGGCCCAAUGCCCAGGCAUGUUGCCUUCAUAAUGGACGGGAACCGGAGGUAUGCGAAGUUGCGUAAACGCUCAGUCCGAGAAGGCCACAAGGAAGGGUUCCAAGCACUCAAACGGGUGCUCGAAAUAUGCUUUCGACUCGGUGUUAAAUGCGUUAGCGUAUAUGCAUUCUCCAUAGAGAAUUUCAAGCGAUCACCAGACGAGGUGAACGCGUUGAUGGAUUUGGCAAGGGAGAAGAUCAAAGAGCUAUGUAGCCAUGGCGAGUUGCUGUCGAAGUACGGUGUCCGGCUAAACGUGGUAGGAAACAGGGACUUACUUCCAGUUGAUCUCCAACAAAUCAUCCUCGAAGCGGAAGAGAAAACACGGGGUCAUGACAAGGCUAUUUUUAACUUAUGCAUGUCAUACACUUCGCGAGAUGAGAUAACGACGGCCAUUAAUAAUGUGGUGCAAAAGUAUCAUGCCGGAGAAAUAGGCCUCGAGGAUAUAACCGAGCAGGAGAUAGCAUCUCAUCUGGAGACACAUGCCAAAGGAUCACCCCGUUUAGAUGUAAUGAUACGGACUAGUGGGGUUAAACGCCUGAGCGACUAUAUGUUGUGGCAGGCUUCAACACAACACACUCGGAUUUACUUUACGAAAGGUUUCUGGCCCGACUUUGGCCUGUGGGAUCUCCUCCCUAUCAUCUUUGACUAUCAGAAAAGUGUGUGGAGAGGCUCGUAGCAUCAGUGGAUGUAUCCCAGCUCCAUUCUCUCCGUAGUAUUUAAGUUAUUAGCCGUAUUUAUUUUAGCUUCUAGCACUCGCCUCUCACUAGAAAGACCAACAAUGCUAAAUACAAGGACAUCAAGUAGUCAGAAUAGGGACUAGCUGGUGCGAGGUUGGAAAUGAACCUUCAAGAGACAAUCUUUUCCUUCUCUGUGUCCCAGAGAACCAUGUUCGCAUCCUUUACAUCUUUCGUCUCUUCAUCUUGCUCCUCAAUUGUCAUGGUCUUCAGCUCCUCCGGGUGGGCUUCCACUGUAUCACUCAUUUUAAUGCUG